GCCGACCAGAGCUGACGAGUCCCUUCAGCCUCUUUCUCCUUCUCUCGCUCUCUCUCUUUGCCAAGGAGUGCGUUUGUGUGGACGUGUGUGUGCACGCUUGUGUAAAUACCACACACCGCAGCUCACACUGUUGUUGCUGCUGAGACUUCUGGGAUUUUGGGGGUUUUUUUUUUUUGUUUUUUUUUGCUUUUUUGCGGAUUUGGACACAUUUCUAACGUUGGAUAUAUACUCUGGACUGGCUGUUUUGUUUUAUUUUUUGAGGAUAUCUCUGAGUUUCCUUUAUUUUUAAAAUUAAUGAUUUCCAGGAUUUGCGUCUCAGCAAUUCAUUUAAGGCAAAAGAAAACCAUGUACAAGGCUGGAAAACUGUGUUCGAAGGACGGUGGCUAAUUACUGCUUGACUUGGAUGCUGUCCGAGUCAGUCACAGCCCUGGCUCUGUGCAUAUCCAGCAAGCACGGCACGAGCCGGUGAUUACUGGAGAAGGACAGCAUGAAAAGGGGCAAUUAUCUGACAGCGUGAGGUCACGUUCCCAAGAAGAGUGUGCGGAGCGAGGUGCAAACUCGGGGGCACGUGGUGGCCUUCCCUCAACUGGAGCCACCGGGCUGGAUAUAUAAUUCAUGCCCCUGCCAGGAGCGGACGGAGCCGCCCCGGAUCUGAGCCCGCCUCACUCGCGGAACGAGCGGGACAUGUCCGGCCUGCCACAGGACGGACAAGAGCCGCUUUCAUCUCAGCACGGAGCGCAUCACUCUCACGCGAGGGUCUAAUCGGGGGACACAGAGGUCACCGCGCCGGGGACGAGAACGAUUCCCCGCACAAACAGACCAGACCAGGUUCUGGACUCCCUGUUGUGGCGGUUUUUCCCCCCUCUGUUUUUUCCCCCUUCUUGAAGACAGGCUUGCGUCAGGCUGCUACGACGGGGGCUCACUCGGCAAAGAGGAGCCUCGUUCAUAGCUUCCUCCUCCAUACGAGCCUCCUCUGGCAUGGACUGUGGACGCCGUGGUUACAAGGCACAGGGUCAGCAGUACAAACGACCGACCGGGUCAGGAUAUAACCAAAGAGACCGCUCCAGCAGUACGGACCGUUUCCAAGCGUUUCCUCCGUGGGGGACGAGAACAGGGAGCUUAAAUCGUGGUUGGAUUCCUUCUGGGAAACAGAGGAUUUACUGGCUCUUCUAAAUCAGAGAGGAGAAACAGCAAGAGGAUAUUAACAAUGGCAUGCCACUACAAGUCCUUCUUCAUCUUCUUCUUCAGAGCCGGGCUUCUCUUGGGCCUGGUCAACCCACUGGUCACCUCUGCUUCCUGUCCCUCACAGUGUCGCUGUGACGGCACAUUUAUCUAUUGCAAUGACCGGGAGCUGACGUCCAUCCCUUCCGGGAUACCAGAGGAUGCCACGGUCCUCUUCUUGCAGAACAACCGGAUUAAGAGCGCAGGGAUCCCUGCUGAUCUCCGGAGGCUCAACAAUGUUGAAAAGAUCUACUUGUACUGCAACAACCUGGAUGAGUUUCCCACCAACCUGCCUAUAAACGUCAAGGAGCUCCACCUGCAGGAGAAUAACAUCCGGACAAUCACCCACGCGUCCUUGGCACAGAUACCCUUCAUCGAGGAAUUACACUUGGACGACAACUCCGUGUCGGCUGUCAGUAUAGAGGAGGGAGCAUUCCGGGACAGCAACCACCUGAGGUUGCUCUUCCUCUCACGCAACCACCUGAGCACCAUCCCUUCUGGCCUGCCCAUGACUAUCGAGGAGCUUCGCUUCGACGACAACCGCAUCUCGUCCAUUUCUGAGGCGUCCCUGCAGGACCUCAUAAACCUGAAACGCCUGAUCCUGGAUGGGAACCUCCUCAACAACAGGGGCAUUGGGGAAAUGGCCUUCGUGAACCUGGUCAACCUGACCGAGCUGUCAUUGGUUCGGAACUCCCUCGCGGCCCCGCCCGCCAACCUGCCGGGUAGCAGCCUGGAGAAGCUGCAGCUUCAGGACAACCACAUCGACCGGGUGCCGGUGGGUGCCUUCGCCUUCUUGCGACAGCUGUACCGUCUGGACCUCUCGGGCAACAAGCUGAGCAGCCUUCCAAUGGGUGUGUUCGAUGACCUGGAUAACCUCACGCAGCUGCUGCUGAGGAACAACCCGUGGUACUGCAACUGCAGGAUGAAGUGGGUGCGGGACUGGCUGCGCUCUCUGCCCUCCAAGGUCAACGUGCGUGGCUUCAUGUGCCAAGGUCCCGACAAGGUCAAAGGGAUGGCCAUCAAGGAUCUGUCCACGGAGCUGUUUGACUGCUCGGAAACCGAGGUCUCCCCGACGUACGAGACCAGCACGGUGUCCAACACUCUGCCCCCUUCCCGGCCGCAGUGGCCCGUGUAUGUGACCAAAAGGCCGGUGAUUAAGGGGCCGGACUUCGGUAAGAACUACCGCAGCACCACGCCUCCGAGCCGCAAGAUCAUCACCAUAAGUGUGAAAUCGAGCAGCCCAGAUGCGGUGCACAUAUCGUGGAGGGUGUCGCAGCCCAUGACGGCUCUGCGGCUCAGCUGGCUGAAGCUGGGACAUAGCCCUGCCUUCGGCUCCAUCACCGAGACCAUCGUGCAGGGGGACAGGACAGAGUACUUGCUCACAGCCCUGGAGCCCGAAUCCUCCUAUCGGAUAUGCAUGGUUCCUAUGGAGACCAGCAACAUUUACCUGUCAGACGAGACGCCCGUUUGCAUAGAGACGGAAACUGGCUCCUUAAAAGCGUACAACCCUACGACAACCUUGAACAGGGAGCAGGAGAAGGAGCCCUACAAAAAUUCAAGCCUGCCUUUAGCUGCUAUUAUCGGAGGGGCUGUGGCACUUUUGGCUAUCAUAAUACUGGCACUGGUGUGCUGGUAUGUCCACAGGAAUAGUUCCUUGUUUUCCAGGAACUGCACGUACAACAAGGGCCGCAGAAGGAAGGAUGACUACGCCGAGGCUGGGACGAAGAAGGACAACUCCAUCUUGGAGAUUAGAGAAACCUCUUUUCAAAUGAUACCCAUAAAUCAGGUGCCAGUGUCCAAGGAGGAGUUUAUGAUACACACGAUUUUCCCUCCUAAUGGUUUAAACCUCUACAAAGGCCCACACAAUGACAACAACAUCAACAACAGAAGCUACAGAGACAGUGGAAUACCAGAUUUGGACCACUCGCAUUCAUGAUGGUGUGUGCAGAAUCAAAAGACAUUUUAUUACGAAUGACUGACAUCAGGACUGGCCGGUCUUUUGUAAAACACUGGAUUGAAAAGACUGAGAAAGCAAUGUUCUGUACAUUUGCCAUAUAAUUUAUAUUUAAGGACAAUUUAUUAAAAGAAAACAGGAUAAAAUUGCAGGACGUCACUGAGCCAUCAGUGUAUGCUCCCAACAACUGCAAUUCUAUAUUUUAGAGGUUUGUAGUAAUUUGUACUGUACAUCCUUUGCUUAAGGUUUCAGAACAAUUAAAAAAAAUCUUUGUGCUCUACUGAGAUAUGACUUGUCAACUGUGAAAGUGGGUUUUCAUUGCUGUGUUGAACAAUCAGAUGUUAGAGAAUCUUGUAGAAGCACAGGUCAUAAGUGUCACCAUGUCGCUUUUAGUUAGAAAGGGGGAUAAAAACAGCUAAAAUGCGACCAAUAGAGGGCACAGCUGAAUAAAUGGGUAGAGGAAAGCAACCUUAUUUGUCUCAUCUGAAACAGACAGGUAUAUACGCGUUACGGUAUCGCAGGACCUCAAGAGUCGGUUAGGAACCUUAGUCGCCAUUUCUACAGUGUUGCCUGGCUUUAAGUCUCAAACGCUUGGAGUGCAGAGACGUACUGCUUCAGUGUUGUGUCUUCGAGAGGUGCAGCACAGAGCCUGGCUUCCUGUCCCUCUCGUUGGGCAAGCUCACCUGGGGCAGGACCCACAAAGCACACAGAUAGUGAGCAGAACGCUACUCAGUGACACUAGAAGAGGCAGGCCAACAACGUGGUCUCACUCAACAGGGAGAAACCACACAGGUGAUAUCUCUCCAUGUAGUGUAAAUGUAGCCCUUGAAAGACAACAUAACAUGGGCAGAAGAGGAAAAAAAUCAAUAUGGUAAAAUGAACACGUGGGUUUAUUUUCUACUUGGAAUACAAAAGUGUCAACUAUUUUUGUUCAUAUUAUGAUUAUUAACUGUAUUUUUUUUCAAAGUGCAAGCCACUUUUUUUUUUGUUGCCACAACUGAAGAGUUAUUUGUUCUUUACAACUGAAGACCAAAGUGCAUAUAUGCCCUUUGGCUAGUCUUGUAUGUGCCUUGAUCCAAUGCUUAUUGUAUUUAGCUUUUUGAAAGAAUAAAUCAGUGACUUAACUUUUUUCAUACACACUUGAAUAUGAUAAACUAUUGGUCAUAUUGCAAAAUAAAAAGGUGACAAAAUGGA